UGUAAUUAUUUAUACUUUUUUUUAUUUAAUUAAUAUUCAAGUUUAAAUUCCUCUCUGUAAAGUGUGCCAUUUCUGCACAUGUGCGCAUUCAGUUCGGCGUCCAACCUUUUGUGAAAGGAUGGAAUAGAAAUCAAUAGUAAUGUGUUCCUAUGAGUGAUUCAGGCCAUUUUGAUCUGCAUAACAUUUAACAGAACAAUAAUAACGAAAAUGCGUACCGUGUUAACGCUGUUAUUGCUGGCAGCUGUUGUGUAUUCACAAAACAUUAAUAAUGCUGUCGAAACGGAAAUGUUUGCUGUUCCUAUCACACCGAAUUUAUUUAACUGGACUUAUCAGGUUCUAAUUGUAGUGAAGAUUCAUCCCAAGGACAACAUGGCGCGUCACGAAGUCGAACUCAAAAUAGACAAUUUGAAUGUAGAAGAUUUACUCGAUGAUCACAGAAUGACCCGCCUCAAAGAUAUCUUAAGAAUGAAGUUAUGGACAGAAAGCAAAGAGGAUCUGUAUCCAACUUUCCUCUCAUCAGCUAUAGACCUAGGAGCCCGGCUGCCUUUGAAGCCUAGUGAUGGGGAGGGGUAUAACACGAUAUACAAGCCACGUUCGACCGUACAUGUCGAGUACUUAACGGAGCUCCCCAACAGCAGUCGUAUAUCGAGUACUCGUGUACUGGAUAGACAAACGGAUCCAGAAUCUGAAUACUUUCUCGAAAAUAUCUAUCAUAUUUGUAUUGAUUAUAGAAAAAAGAGAGCACACAAAUCAGGGAGAGUGGAACUUUGCAGAUAUGGCACUGGCAACACUGAACAGACGCAAGCGGAUAACAACAGCAACAAAAGUUUGGGAGUUAGUCCCAACAACAGUCUCGUUAGACCGUACAGUCCAAAAUCGAGCACCAAUCUCGCUGGAAACUACAACCGGCCACAGCCACCGCCCUACAUCGGCUCCACCACUAACUCCCUCCACCACCGCAGAUCUGGCAACACCACAACACCUUCAACUAGCGGCCACAGCCCAGACCACAAUCGUACACUAGCAUUAGAAGAAUCACUAAAACUACUGAACGAGGCAAACAUAACCAACUACGAUACACCUAAAGACCCAAUAAUAGACCUCAACGAUGGCACCGAGGACUACGUACUCGUUAAACCGGAUUUCAUACAAUCGAAACCGGAUAUAACCGGUUACAACUCGAUCAAACCGGAUCUGGAUGAUAUAAAUGUACCGGAACUGGCGAAGUACGGGGUGACAGGUAUCGGUGGUAUUUGACAGAGCCUGUCCACGGAUGGUACGCGACAUCCGGUUAAGACGUGGUUCUGUUAACACUUCCGAUGAGGAACUCGAUAAUGGAGGUCAUUUGCGAAAUCCUAGUAGUAUGGAAAGUGUUAAAGCAGAUGUGUUAGGAAAUGCUGAAAUAUAUUGUUUUUAGGCGGUUUAAGUCUAUUUUAUGACUUCUACUAAUGUGUGUUUAUUGUAAUUCUGUAGCUAAACUAAUUAUGACUAAGUGAAUGAAUGAACGAAAUAGUGAAUCAAUCAACUCUUUCCUAAGAGUGUUAAAAGAGAGUAUUGCUUUUUAGAUAAAAUGGACCCCUAUAGGUAAUAUGAAAUUUGUUAAUAUCUUCGUAGUAGUAGAAAAAAAUGUAUUUGUAGAAAUAGAUUGAAGUCAUAUGGUGAGUAUUAAAACUCAUACUAUGCAUAGAUAAAUUAUUUGUUUUAAUAGAAU